AUGCGGAGGGGGGAGGACGGGGGAGGGGGGGGCACGGAGGCGAACGAUGGGGAAAGGAACAAACGGCAGGCCACGAACACGGAACGAAACAAAGCGGGAAGGAACGGCGAGGGCCCGGGCCAGGGAAAGAAAUCAGGAGCACGCCAAAGGCAAGAGAGGGAGGCGCGACCGGGAAAAAAGGAGGCGAAUGGGGGGAAAAAAACCGGGGCAGGUGAGGGGGAAGACGGAGGUAGCGCAGAGAGGAGCGAGGGGGGCCGCCGGGCCAGGCGGAGAUCGCAUCAGCAAGGCGCAGGGGGAAAAAAAGGCCCAGCGGAGACGGGUGGACAGAGGGGAAGGGCAGCCCAGCGCACAGAGCAGGAGGGAGCAAGAGGGGAGCGGGUACGACGGAGGGCGAACGGCGAGUGGCCCCACAGAAAAGGCAGGCACCGGAGCUGA